UCGAAGCUGAGGUUUAGGGGCUGUUAUUGAAGUGGUUCGUGCAGCAGGAGGCUAUUUGGCUUGGGGGUGAAUUUCUUGGGGCGAGUUUCGUCUUCAAGCGUGGAUGUUUUUCUAGGUUUAUCCUAGCCUAUUUUUCCGGCGGCGAGCUUUGCUCCGCUUGUUCCGGCAGUUUUGUUCAAUGAGUAUUAUUAGUUGGAAUUGUCAUGGACUCGGAAACCUGACAACAGUGCAAUGCUUGGCGGAUAUUGUUCAGGCUCAUCGUCCGUCUGUGAUCUUCCUCAUGGAAACUAAAAUCUGAUGUCAACGAGCAAAGGAUUUACUACGGGGAUAUGGUUUUGCCCAGUCUGUGGGUGUGGAUAGUGCGGGGCUUAGUGGGGGACUGGUCAUGGGAUGGAAUGAUGAUCUUGAGUUAAAUGUUGUACAGUGCCAUGCAAAUGUUAUAGACACUACGGUCAGACUUGUCCCAAAUGAUCAUGUAUGGAGACUCACCUUUUUCUAUGGAUUCCCGGAUACGGUGCGAAGAAUAGAAGCAUGGUAUCUCCUACAGGAUUAGGUAAAAAUAAUAACAAGCCUUGGAUGAUUUUAGGUGAUUUUAAUGAUAUUAUAUAUGAUUCGGAAAAGAAGGGGAACAUCUCUCACCCACUCUGGCGACUCAGAGGCUUUAGGGAGGCGGUGGCAUCGUGUGGGUUAAGGGAUUUCCCUUUUGAUGGAUAUCAGUGGACUUGGGAACGAGGUACUGAUAUAAAUUACCAUGUGGAGGAGAAAUUGGACAGAAUACUUGUUAAUGAUUACUAGUGGAACAGGUAUACAGCGGUGUAGGCUCGAUCGGUGGAGGCCCCUGUAAGUGAUCAUAUGGCUUUAUAUGUGAAAAUUAUUCCUGCAGUCAUGACGCGGAGAGCAAAAAUUUUCAAGUUUGAGAAUAGCUGGUUAAAGGAGGAGGAGUGUCGUACGGUGGUAGCCAAUAGCUGGAGUGUGAGUACUCAUCUCUCGGUCAAUGAGAGAAUUCUUUUUUGUGGAUCCGAGCUUAUGAGAUGGGAUGGUCGGCGUAAGAAGGGGUUCAUGGAGCAGAUUCAGGCAUGCAAAGGGCGACUGGCAUGGAUACGUGGUAGAGAUGAUUGGCAAAGCACGAGUGAGUUUUUACGGGUUCGCUCUACACUUUAUUCUUUGUUGGAAAAGAAGAAUUUGUUCUGGAAGCAGAGGGCAAAAGAAUUUUGGCUAAAAGAAUGGGAUAUUAAUUCCUGCUUUUUCCAUAAUGCAGUAAAGAACAGACGGCGGAAAAAUAAAUUGGCUGGGCUAAAGCGCACAGGUGGCUCGUGGUGUUCUGACAGAGAUCAGGUGGGUGACAUGGUGAGGGGUUACUUUGAGCAACUGUUUACCCGUGGCGACAGCAUAGAGGUGGCAGACUGCUUUGGGGAUUGCGGCUAGAUCACGUCAGAACAGAACCGGUUGCUGCUUCGUGAUGUAAGACCUGAAGAAGUGAGAUCAGCUAUUUUUUAUAUGCACCCCGAGAAAGCCCCAGGAUCGGAUGGUUAUUGAUGGCUCUCUCCCUACCGUGGAUAAUCUGAGGCGAAGAGGAGUGCAGGUUGUCAGAGGGUGUAAAGUGUGUGCUGAUGAGAGUGAAGACACAGAUCAUGUGUUCCGAUAUGUGAAUGAGCUCAUGAGGUCUGGAGGCAGGUGGGGGUUGAUCUAGGCAGCCCGGGAGAUCUAGUGGAUACGUGGAUAUGGCAGCACCUGGGUGGACCGAAUGGGGAAGAUCGAUGCAAAUUCAUUGCUAUUUUGUGGAGUCUAUGGAAGAGGAGGAAUGAUUGAAUGAAUGGUCUGGAAGGAUAAAUGGCAAGGAGUUGUGGGGGUAAGAAACACGGCGGCAGGUAUACUUUCGAGUUGGAGAGAUGCGCAAGGCAAUGAACGUACAAAGCAG